UGGUGUGCAGGACCAAAACCUUGUGCAGCUGCAGCCCUCGCACCUCAGCUCAGCACUGUGCCCAGGCAGAGCCCCGGUGGUGGAGGGCAGCAUGGCGAAGAGGGUGGCCAUCAUUGGAGGGGGCAGCAGUGGGCUGUGUGCCAUCAAAGCCUGCCUCCAGGAGGGACUGGAGCCCAUCUGCUUCGAGAGGACUGGUGACAUCGGAGGGCUGUGGAGGUUUGAGGAGCAGCCCGAGGAGGGACGUGCCAGCAUCUACCGCUCCGUCAUCAUCAACACCUCCAAGGAGAUGAUGUGCUUCAGCGACUUCCCCAUCCCUGAGGACUUCCCCAACUUCAUGCACAACUCAAUGAUCAUGAAGUACUUCCGCAUGUACGCCCAGCACUUCGACCUGCUGCGCCACAUUCGCUUCAGGACCAGCGUGUGCCGCGUCUCCAAGCGCCCUGACUUCGCCAGCACAGGCCAGUGGGACGUGGUGACCGAGUGUGAGGGGAAGCAGGAGGCAGCUGUCUUCGACGCGGUGCUGGUGUGCACCGGGCACCACACCGAGGCACACCUCCCGCUCCACUCCUUCCCAGGAAUCAAGCAGUUCAAGGGGCAGUACCUCCACAGCCGGGAUUACAAGCACUCGGGGGCUUUCAGGGACAAGAGGGUUGUGGUCAUCGGGAUUGGCAACUCGGGCUCGGACCUGGCCGUGGAGAUCAGCCAAGCAGCCAAGCAGGUCUUCCUCAGCACCCGCCGCGGCGCCUGGGUCUUCAACCGCGUGGCGGACCAGGGCUACCCCCUGGACAUGAUCCUAAACACGCGCCUGAAGGCCUUCCUGAGGGACGUGCUGAGCUACUCCCUGGUGAGCGACUACGUGGAGAAGCGACUGAACGCCAGGUUUGACCACUCGCACUACAGCCUCAAGCCAAAGCACAGGGUUUUUGACCAGCACCCGACCAUCAACGACGACCUGCCCAACCGCAUCCUGUCGGGCAGGGUGCAGGUGAAGCCCAACGUCAAGGAGUUCACGGAGACCUCUGCCAUCUUCGAGGACGGCACCAGGGAGGAGAUCGAUGCCGUGGUCUUUGCCACGGGAUACAGCUUCUCCUUCCCCUUUCUUGAGAGCUGUGUGCAGGUGGUGGAGAACCAGAUCUCCCUCUACAAAUACGUGUUCCCCCCUGACCUGGAGAAGCCCACGCUGGCUUUCAUUGGCCUCAUCCAGCCCCUGGGUGCCAUCAUGCCCAUCUCUGAGCUCCAGUGUCGCUGGGCUACCCGCGUCUUCAAGGGGCUGAACAAGCUGCCCUCAAAGCACGACAUGGAAGCUGACAUCCAGCAGAAGAAAGAUGCCAUAGCAAAGCGGUACGUGAAGAGCCAGCGGCACACCAUCCAGGUGGAUUACAUCCCCUACAUGGAUGAGCUCGCCUGCCAAGUGGGGGUCAAGCCCAACCUGCUCACCCUCUCCCUCACCGACCCCAAGCUGGCCCUGGAGGUGGCCUUCGGGCCCUGCACGCCGUACCAGUACCGGCUGCAGGGCCCCGGCCGGUGGGCAGGCGCCAGGGAGGCCAUCCUCACCCAGCACCAGCGUGUCAUCAAGCCCCUGCAGACGCGGCCCAUGGGGGAUCAGCCCCCAGCCUCCACCGCCCCCCGCCUCUUCAAACUGGUCGGGGCCGUGGCCAUCCUCGCCAUCAUUUUUGCUUACUUGUAGGUGCCCUACAAGGGGGGGAAGGGCAGCUUUGAGUUGUGCCAGGAGGCUGGCCUGCCCCAUGGCAGCCUGUGCCCCCCAGUGCUGGCAGGAGCCUUCCUCCUGCCCAGCAACAGCCUGCUACAGCCACACUGCAAGCUUGGGAUGCACAGAGCCUCCCCGGCUGCUGAAAGAACAUCUCAGUGCCUGCUCUGCGCCUUCCCCCGGGCAGCCUCUGCUGGCAGCAGAGGAGGAAACCUGUUGAGGCCCCAGGUAAAACCCAGCCCCUCUCAGUCAGCACUUCUGCCCCAGCAGGGACAUGCUGGGCUUCCCUAUCACCCAC